AUUUAAAUGUGCAAAAGCCAAUUUUGGAUAUCGUACAAAAAAAAUGUUUCCAUCAACAACUAUUUCGUCAAAAUUGUAAAAUGUGGAGAUAUUGAUCGUAUUAUAUCUAAACUUAAAUAAAUGGUAGAACCGUUGGUUUAAAACUUUUGUAUGUUGCGUUAGCGCAACGAAAAGAUAACCAUAAAGCUCACCUAAUUUCUUAACACAUGCAGCAUAUAGCAAACAUGCGCAUGCACCAGAUGGGUUAAUUCAUCCAGCCAGAAGCUUCAAGUGGCUAUUUCGUACCCACUAUUUAAGCUACAGCUUCUCUUUACUACGUACCUGCACAGAUGCCAAUCCGUACCAGCCCAAGAUGGUCAGCACAGACGCCUGUCAGGCUAGGAGCUCAAGGACGUACAGCUACCUACACUAGUAUGCAAAACACAUCCAAAGCUGUAGCCAGACCACCAAAUCAGUUCACCAUGUGUUGCAACAUCAGCGUACCCAGACCAAUCACAGGACAACAACUGACAAGUAGCACGGUCGUCCACAAGCUUUGUUGCCAGGUGCUCACGCUCCAGUUCAACAGACAGACACACUCAGGGCCAAGAAACUCUGACUGCCACUAUGUUGGCCACUGCUCCCCCACAGGAACAGAAACAGAUGUACUCCGAUUUAGUAGGUAAUAUCACUGGUAUGUUGUUGCACAUGUUGGAACACCAGGAGUCGCACAAGAACAAAGUUGAGAAAGCCGUCGCUGUAUUGCAAGCCCAUCAAGUCAAAUUAAAAAAUACUAAAUUAAAAAUUGCAAACAGUCAUAUGACAAAAAGGAAAAUAAAAAUUCUGCUACUUAACAAUUCGAUUUGCAUAUUCUUGAUUUUUGCAAUGUUUUAUAAAUGUAAGAUCAAGAAUAUUGUAAGAC